GCCUUCGGACCAUACUCCCAGCCGCACCCGCAGCCGCAUGUUGGCCCUGGUGGCACGUCCAUGGCGGUGGUGCCGCAGCCCGCUGCUGUGGUGGUGAACUCGGCUGCUGAUGUGGAGGCGCGGGUGGCGUUGGAGCUGCGGGCGGGGCGGGCCGAGCAGGAGGUGGCGGCACUGCGGCAGCAGCUGGAGGUGAUGGCGGCACGGCUGUCGCAAGCGGAAGCGGACGCGGCGGCAGCACGCGAAGCGGCUGCAGCAGCCCACGUUGCAGCUAGCAAGGCGGAGGCGGAUUUGGCGGAUUUAUCCGGGGCGUACAACAAUCUAGAAGCGCAUGCCUUUGCGACGGAGGCGCAGCUGCGGAGCGCGCAGGGCGCCUUGGCGGCGGCGCAGGCGGCGGCGGCGGCCGCAGAGGCUCGAUCGCAGGCAGCGGCGGCGGGAGCGACAGGACCAGCUCACGGCGCGGGGGGCCUCUCGGAGGCGGACAUCCAGCGUCGGAUUGAAGAGGCUGUUGCCGAGGCUCGCGCUGAAGGCAAGGCGGAGGCCGAGGAGGGAAUGACAGAUUUAUUUGUGUGCUUAGGACAGGAAGAGCGAAAGCUUCGGUUGCGUCAAGCAAGGUCCUUGCGUAACAUAACUUUGUUCAAGUCCCCCUUGCGGACAACUUACUACUGCGGCUGCUACGUCGCGAAUGGGCUCUACAGCGGAGCGAAAUGGGUCGCAAGUCACCCAGUCACGAUGCUGGUCAUACUGCCGGCUUUACUUGCGUAUGCGGGCACCAAAUGGGCAGGAUGCUAUCAGGAAUUGUUAGCUGAAGUUGAGGAAACCGUGAAGUACGUCGUGUGGUGGGUGGGGCUGGGCGUGCUGUCAUCAAUCGGUCUGGGGACCGGAAUGCACACGGGCCUGCUCUUCCUCUUUCCGCACAUCCUCAAGGUGUGUCUGGCAGCGGAGACGUGCGGGCACUUCCGGUUUGACACGCGGUACGACAUGUGGUACAGCAGCGAGAGUUUCACGUGCGGAGAGGGUCCGGAGGAGGAGGUGUCGUUCACGGACUUGUUCAGAAAGGUAAUCCUGACUGCGGUACUGUGGGGCAUUGGUACGGCCAUUGGUGAAAUUCCGCCGUACUGGUUGUCGUACUCUGCGGCCGUGGCUGGUCAGAAGAACAUGGCCCUCGAGGAACUUGAGGAGGCCCUCCGUCCCAGCCCGCACCGUAAUGUGUUUCAGCGGCUGGUGGCGCGAAUGGAGCAGUGGAUGGUGUCCUUCAUCCGCUGUCACGGCUUCCUAGGCAUACUGGUGCUGGCCUCCUGGCCUAAUGCCGCAUUCGACCUGUGCGGGCUGGUGUGCGGCAAUUUCCGGUUCCCAUUUUGGAAGUUCUUCGGUGCGACGUCGAUUGGGAAGGGGUUCAUCAAGGUUACCGGGCAGGUUGUGUUUUUCGUGGCUGUGUUUCGUCGUGACAGUCGCGAGGCAAUCCUCGCCUGGCUGGAGGGUGUGCUGCCCUCCCGUCUACCCGGACAGCAACCCGGGAGCCACUCCCCCGCCCGGGAGGUGCACCUCUUCAUCAACCGCUCCAUAGCCAAGUACCAAUCUAAGGUCCUUGCCAAGAGCGCGGAGCACAUGGCCGGGCGGCGGUGGUGGUGGCGGCGAGGACUGGACGUGCUGCGCAGCCGCCAGGAGCUCCAGCGCCUGGUGGUGGGCCUUAUUCCGGAUACGGUGGCUGAGGCCUGGUCCUUAGUCAUGGCGCUGCUGAUGGCGGCUUUUGCGGUGUCUUGUGUGAACGCAUUUGCGCAGGCGUAUCGAGCCCAGUUGGACGAGCUGCAGGUGGAGGCGGCUCGGAAGCAGGUCGCAACUGCCCGGGAGCAGGAGCGCAAGCAGCAGUAG